GAGGGGGGGCGUCGACCACACCGUCAGUCCAUCCCCCUCCGGUCUCCAGUCUCUCCCGGCCUGAGUGCUGUGGCAGCAGCACCACUCUCAGUCAAGCAGCGGGACUCCAGGCUCUCACUUCCCCAGCUGCUGACGUCAGCUGGCAGCCUGGGCAGUGCUCGCCGCUCCGGACAUAGCGCCGAGAAAAAUGCUGCUCUCCGUACCGCCAAGGGCAGGAAUCAACCCGUACAGCGGCUUUACCAACAGAAACAGCAAAAAGCAGGCCUAUGUGUCCUCCGGCCACCAGAUGGCUCCCCCCAGUCCCAACAACAACAGUAGCAGCAACAGCAGCAGUGGAGGUGAACAGCUGAGUAAAACGAACCUGUAUAUCCGUGGCCUUCAUCCUGGGACUAUGGACCAAGACCUGGUCAAGCUCUGCCAACCGUAUGGCAAGAUUGUGUCAACCAAAGCCAUCUUGGAUAAAACCACCAACAAAUGUAAAGGCUAUGGCUUUGUGGACUUUGACAGUCCGUCAGCAGCUCAGAAAGCUGUUACAGCUCUGAAAUCGAGUGGCGUCCAGGCACAGAUGGCCAAACAACAAGAACAGGACCCCACCAACCUGUACAUCUCCAACCUGCCAGUGUCCAUGGACGAGCAGGAACUGGAAAGCAUGCUAAAGUCCUUCGGCCAGGUCAUUUCUACGCGCAUUCUGCGAGAUGCCAACGGGACCAGCCGCGGCGUGGGAUUUGCCAGGAUGGAGUCUACAGAGAAGUGCGAGGCCAUAAUUCAGCAUUUCAAUGGCAAAUUCAUCAAGACUCCACCGGGAGUGCCAGUGCCCACAGAGCCCUUAUUAUGUAAGUUUGCAGACGGAGGUCAGAAAAAGAGGCAGAACCAGGGGAAGUACCUCCCCAACGGAAGGCCCUGGGCGAGAGACGGAGAGACUGGAGGAAUGACGCUUGCCUAUGACCCCACAGCCUUACAAAAUGGCUUCUACUCCUCGCCGUACAGUCUGGCUCCAAACAGAAUGAUCGCCCAGACGUCUUUGUCCCCUUACAUGCAUUCUCCUGUCUCGUCCUACCAGAGAUAUAUUGCACUAAUGUGUAAUACACUGUGUGACGUAAAGGUACACAGCCCGUCCUGGAUGCACCAUCAGUCAUACCUCAUGCAGCCAGCUGGUACAGUUCUUACUCCAACAAUGGAUCACGCCAUGUCCAUCCAGCCCACGUCCAUGAUGGGACCUCUCGCCCAGCAGCUAAGCCACCUGUCCCUGGGCAGCACGGGCACAUAUAUUCCGGCCAACACAACUAUGCAGGGGACAUACAUCCCCCAAUACACCCCAGUGCCUCCCUCCAGUGUCCAAGUAGAGGAGAACGGUGGUCAACAGCAACAGGUUGCCAUGGAAACCCCCGCAGAACACACCAACUACUCGUACCAACACACCAAGUGAAGGUAAGCUCCAUGGGAGCGGGGCUGAGGCCAUGUGAUGAAUCCAACCAGUCAGGGUUCAGCUAAAAGAAAACCUUGCUUCGUACCGUCACCAAGCAGCCGGACUUGAACAUGGAUGACAAAAGGAACGUAUGCGUGUGUGAGAGAAAGUGUGUGCGUGCAUGUGUGUUUCAGUUGUAAAGAACCAGGACAACACUUACGUCAUUGGAUUGUUCUGUUACCAAACUACCAAAGGAGGUAAUCUUCCCCAGAGAAGAUCUCAUCUAUUUUGAUAACUCAAACCAAGGAACACAACAACACAUAUAUGUAAAAAAAAAAAAAAAAAAAAUCAAAUUACUAAGGAGGAAAAGACCAGAGCGUUAUUUUUAUGCACGUUAUAUAACAAAUCCUUAUUUUUUAAUGAAAAUUGCAUUCUGGAUGUUUCAGAGUGACUCAAGUUGAAAGAGUUGAAACACAAUGUGUCUUUUAGUUGUUUGUUUGUGUGUCCGUGAAAUAUGCAAAUGUUUUUACUUUCCUGAUGUCUGUUGUUUGACAUUCUAUUUGCAGCAGUGGGACAACACUUUGUACAGGUUAGGGAAAAAAAAUGAAAAGAAAAACACUUGCUGGACUUGUCAAGUCAACCGCGCCGUUUAAAGCUACUUCUUCCUCUUAACUGCUGCAGAUAUUUCUAUUCAUGCACACAUGAUAGAAACUUUUAUUUAUGUUUUUUUUCCAAUUGUGAAUUAAGUGAACAAAAGACAAUCAAUUAUUUCUAUUUAUAUUUGACUUAUUUUUCUAUUUUUCCGGAGUUUUUAGACCAUUAACACAUACAUUUAUAAUUAAAAAAGAAGUUAUUUAACAGUGGAGUCUGUUAAGAUGAUAAAGAAGCCACACAGUAAUAAGCUGAUAUUUGGGACGUGUAAAAUAGACCCUUUUCACACUCUUUUUAUACUCUGCCUGCAUUUCCUAAAAGUUAACUUAUAAGUGACUACAUUAAUAAUUGUUUUAUUAUUCACAAUGCAGUAAAUAUUUAGACACAAAGAUGGCCGCAAUGCAGCAGUUUAACGCAUUAAUAAUUCCUUCUCUGAUUUCAGAUCAACAUUUGCAAUAAAAGUGACUGUUGAAAAUUAUUCAUUAGUUCCAGCUGCAAUACACUCCCAUUUUCUCCCUAAUGUAUAAAAAGCGCUUUAUAAAUAAAGUUUUGAUUUGAUUAAUGACCAUCGUAUGCUCGCGGCGAAGGAGGCUAACAAGCUAAAUAGUUGAGGAAAGUUGUAGUCACGCCACAUGUGGGUGAAGUACUCAUAUGAUGUCUUUAAGUUUUAGAGCAAAGAAAGUUUGGCGAAUUAAAGUUUUCUUCAGGAAGAUAUACCGUAUUUUCCGGACUGUAUAGCACCCACUAAAUUUUUGAGAACAUGUAUUAGCUGCAGAUAUAUGCGUUGCAAAAUGAGGUAUUUAAACAGAAAUAUUCUGGACAUUUUUAUUUACAUACCUUAAUUGUUUCCAUACGGUGCCUUUAACACUGCAGUUAAACGGCUGAUCAAACAAAACAGAAGUCAUUGUCGUGGACACACUAGCUGCGGAAGCUAGCUCUCCAAUCAGCUAAACAGACUCGAUAAAUCUACAGUGACGUCUUGGUGAAUUUACUGAGAAAUUUGUAAAAAUAUACAAAAACAAUGUCGUCGUAAGUUAUUAAUACCACCACAGACACUCAUGAAUGUGUUAACAUAUUAGCUAAUGCUAACGACGCUAGCGUCAUUACAUUACGAUAGCACGUACAAAUAUGCAUGAAAACACUCCUACGGACAUCACACAUUGGACGGUUUAGUAAGUACAAACCGUUGUAGUUAUAUUGUAAAACUUACAAACGUUGCUUGGAGUUAUGAAUGAAGAAUCCAUAUGAGUAGAAACGAUGAACGGCUUGAAUUCUGAAUGGCACGCCACUUCCGGUUGAAGGCACUAAAUGGAAGGACACUGCAGCAUCUGAUAGCGCUAUAGCACAAACAAUAAAACAACUUUUCAAUGUAUUUCCUUUUUUGUUUUUUAACAAUUUUUAUUAUGGCCGUCAGCGAAGAAAAUACAAAAAUUAGCCGCACCGUCAAACUGUAGGAAAACAGUAGCAAGUUAUAAUCUGGAAUUUACGGUAAUCACAUAAAACUGAUAUUUUUGUUUAUUUACCUACACACAGACUCAUUCCACUAUUCUAUUAUCUAUUAGUGGUUUUCCAUCGUCGCCACAAUGUUUGCUUCCGUUCUCUUUAACGUAGAGUGUAAGGUGUGUUGUUCCAGUGCCUUGAGCUAACAUUUUUUGGGGGGGGAACUGGCGCUAUGUAAAUAAAAUAAACAUGAGCAAAAACGAGUAGCGAAAGAGAUGAAAUGUGAAAAGGGUCUAUUGAUAUUAUUUUUAUUGUUACGAUUGGACGACAGGAGAAUGACGGGUGUCAAUGUGACGUAAAUCAAACGGACACUUUUCACGCUCCCAGUCGCCAUGUUGAGAAGUGGUUUUAGGCGGUUUUGUUGAAGCAACUUUUCUGGUAUAAUUUCGAUCGACCUGGAUCAGUGAAAUGAAUGCAUUGGCUGUGUCUCAGAUGGAUCGCUUUCACCAGUACACUUCAGUAAGUAUACUUAGGUCCUGAGUGCGUGAAUCUUUGACAAUGUAGUUUGGUCCCAAAUCCAAUACAGUCGUUAAGCACUUACCGGGUAUGACAAUCAGAAUAUUUACCCGUUUCCUCAUCUUAUUUCCUAUUUAAAGGUGAAUUACAACCACUUGAUGCAGCGUUAUUGUCAACAUAUGGAUCGCCAUUUUUUACCCCCAAUUCUGGACAAAAUAGCAUAGAUGGUGCACUGAACAUUAUGAUCGUUUAGUGCGCAACAUCAAGUGCACUGCUCAGUGUGCACUCAAAAGUGUAAGUACAGGAGUGCGCCAAUUGAGACACAGCCACUCAGCACACGGAGCUAGCAAAGACAUGAGGGAAGUCACAUGGAAGACUUAAACGUUCUUUUUGGAGUCGCUGGAAGUCUUUCUCAAUGCUGUUGUUGUCACCUGAGUUUAAGUCAUCGAUUUUUUUUCUUUUUUGUAUAAAGUUUUUCCUUUUUUGCUGUCACUUGAAAGCCUUUUUUUUUAAGCUACCUUGCUUUAUUUUUGGAUUGCCUUUGAAGUAGAUGACGUAGAAGCUGUGGAGAAAUAGCUGUAGAUGCUAGUUUGUAGGCUUUUCUCUUGUUUUGAUUCGCACCAAUCUCCGUUCCAAACCUCGCGUCUCUUUUUGUAUCGAUGUUGUUGUGCCGUUGAGCCUUUUUGUAUAAAAAAAAAAAUUUAAAAAAAAAGAGGGGAAAAAAAACAAAAGCCCUUUAAAGUGGAAAGCUGAACCAAAUCGUUUAGUGCUGAUGCGCAACAUUCAUACUGACGCUGCACAGGUGUUGUCGCUAAAGUUCACGCGGGCUUCACAAAGAUGGCUGACAAGAGAGGAUAUUUGUGACGCUUGUCCAUUGCACACUGCACUUGCAUUUUAGGUUUGCCCCUUCAAAAUAAGACCACAGGAAGCUUUAAAAAAUUGAACAUAACACUGACAAACAAUGAAGGAGACACAUUUUUAUUCAGAGGAGAUUGAGGGCAAAGAGAGGAUGGGACUCGCAUGAUAAUAAUAGUAACUUGUUUUGUAUCAUUGGCAUAGUAUGUGUUUUAUUCAAAAGGAGACUGAGGGCAGCAAGAGAAAGGGCCUCUGUAUCAAGUUUAUAGUUUAUUAUUCUUCGGUCAAUCGACAACAAAAUAAACAAACAGUUGUACAUUCAUAGAUUGAAAAUGUUGCAGACCGAAAGGGUUUAGGCUGAAGUUGAACACGUAUUGCGCCUAACCCUAUAAACAAUGUCAAGUACAAGACGAACUUCUGAAAAUUAUGAAAUGUCCUUUGUACAACAUAUUAUAAAUACAAAUUAUACACAACAUAAACACAGUUCAAUUAUAUACACAGUAAAGGCAUGUGAAAUAUCCUUGUACAAGUAAAUUGCUGCAAAACAUGUAUCAUAAGCAAGUAUGUUUUUAAUUAAAACAUUGACUUGUUUUAUGCAAAAGAGACUGUGGGCAGCAAGUGAAAGUGCACACUUGGGGUGGGGAUCACAGACUAACUUGCAUUGUACCAUUGGCAAAGAUGUUUUUUCAUUUACGUGUUACAUGUUUCAUUCAAAAAGAGACGAGGGCUACAACUGAAAGGGCCACUGUGGACACUAAGGGUGGGGAUCGCAUUGUAACUUGUGCUGUAUCAUUUGCAAAUACAUCUUCUCAGAGAUAUACUACACAUUUUAUUCAGAGGGAGAUUGAGGGCAACAAAGAGAGCGAGGGUGGUAAUUCAAUAAUAACAUGUAUCAUUGGCUGACAUGUUUUCCUCUUUGAUAAAUUACUUGCUUUAUUCAAAAGGAGACUGAGGGCAGCAAAAGAAAAGGCCGCUACAUAAAAGUGGACACUCAGGGUGGUUAUUGCUUUGUAACUUAUGUUGUAUUAUUGGCUAAGAUGAUUUUUCAGAUAUUGUUCAAUAGGAUAUUGAGGGCAGAAAGAGAAAGGGCCACUGUCUAACAAAGUAGACACUAAGGGCAGGAAUCAAGUUGUAAUUUGUAUUGAAUUAGUGGCAAAUAUAUUUUCCCCUUGAUAUAUUACACGUUUUAUUCAGAAGAGAAAAGGUCACUGCAUCAAAAUUGACAUAAAGUGUGGGAGUCAUUUCUCAUCGAUAUAAUACGCAUUUUAUUCAAAGGGAGGUUGAGGGCAGCACGAGCACGGGCUACUGUCUGCAUCAAAGUGAACGCUAAAAGUGGGAAUUGCAUAGGAACUUGUAUCAUUGGCUAAGCUGAUUUGUCGGAGUUGUGACACAUUUUAUUCAAAAGGAGACUGAGGGCAGCAAGAGAAAUGGCCGUUACAUCAAAGUGGACACUCAUGUUGGGAAUUGCAUCUUAGCUUGUGUUGUAUCAUUGGCUAAGAUGUGUUUUAUUUAAAAGGAGAUUGAGGAGGUUGAGGGCAGCAAGAGAAAGGGUGGGUCGUGGGAAUGACGUUGUUACUUGUAUGGUAUUAGUGGUAAAUAUAAUUUAUUGCUGAUAUAUUACAUAUUUUAUUCAAAAGGAGGUUGAGGGCAGGAAUGGAAAGGGCGGAUCGUGGGAAUGACGUCGUUACUUGUAUGGUAUUAGUGGUAAAUAUAAUUUAUUGCUGAUAUAUUACAUAUUUUAUUCAAAAGGAGGUUGAGGGCAGGAAGGUAAAGGCAACAGAGUGGACAGGAAGAGUGGGGAUUGCAUAAUAACCUGUGUUCUAAUAUUGACAAGGAUGUUUUUUGAUUGAUACAUUACACAUUUUAUUCCAAAGGAGAUUGAGGGCAGCAAGAGAAAUAGCCGCUGAAUCAAAUUGGACUCUCAGGGUGGGAAUUGACGAUUGACUUGUGUCGUAUCAUUGGGUAAAACGUUUUUUCCCCUGAUGUGUUACAUGUUUUAUUCAAAAGGAGAUUGAGGGCAGCAAAUUAAAGGUCUGUUGUGUCAAAGAGUGAAAAUUGCGUAGUAACUAUAUACUAACUAGAUAUUUUGUUAUCAAUAUAGUGGGAGAAAAAUAUAUAUCAUACAUGUAUGAUGUAUGGACAUUAGAGUCCGGCUCUGAUUGGGUGUAUUUGUGUUUUUCAAUAAUGUAACUUUAAAAAAAAUAAAAAUAAAAUUUUAAACUAAUUUAAGUGAUAUUUUGACCCACUCCUAGUGGACGUUGUUGAACACUGCAGUGUCCACAGCAAAGACACAGCAAUUGUUUUCUAUUUUGCUAAAUAGUCCUGAGCUGUGACUGAGUAGCAGUCUUUUCUUCCUAAAAAAAAAACACAUAAACGUCCUCUGCAGUGGACAUUUGUGUUUUGCACAACAAGAGUUUAUCCAAAAUGUUUACUCUGACAGGAGAAAUAGACAAAAAACAGGAGCUGGUUCUCAGGAGGACAUGAUAUGGCUUCUGUUUACAUCACAAACAUCAUCAGUGUGCAGUGGAAAAGUGUCUUUCAGCACGUGACCGUGCAAGGAAGGUUUCAUGCUAGUGUUGUUGUGUCCUGCAGGAUUGUCAGGACUGUCAGCCCGUCCGUCGCUACGCUUCUCUUCCUGUUCUCGUUGCACUCUGCCUUGCGCUGCGUCCUUCAUUUGUGCAACCAAAGCUGCUCUGGUGACGCGCGCUGGAUGUUAUUUUCUGCAGUGAAAGAUGAAAAUAAUGCGGAUUCUCAGUCAUCCACGUCACGGAAAUCAGCAAAGGUUGAAUUGAGGCAACUUCAGUCUUUUAGUUUGUUGUGAGAUGUUUUACCUUUCAUCAAGAUGUGUACCGAGUACUGGUAGUUCCUUAUUAGGUCAGGUCCAUGAGGACCGUGAAGAUUCCGGACUAACAAUACUGCUAUCGGUAUUUUUUUUAUCCAGCUGACUGACGUAGUUAUGACACGCUGUCACGUUCAGUUCAGCUGGCGCUGCUACACAUUAAAAUCAGCUUUGAAUAAUGACAAAUAAGGAAGCAACACCACACAAGUUGGUAACCACGAUGUUUCCUCCUCAAAGUCAGUUUGAAGGGAACGCACUUUACUCACGACCGCGUUUUGUUAGCCGUCCUCCUAGGGAUUAGGGAUGUCGAUAAAUGCUUUAAAAUGUAAUAUCAGAAAUUAUCGGUAUCAGUUUCAAAAUGAUCGGUAUCGGUUUCAAAAAGUAAAAUGUAUGACUUUUUAAAACCCCACUGUGUACACAGACGUAGGGAGAAGUACAGAGCGCCAAUAAACCUUAAAGGCACUGCCUUUGCGUGCCGGCCCAAUCACAUAAUGUCUACGGCUUUUCACACACACAAGUGAAUGCCACGCAUACUUGGUCAACAGUCAUACAGGUCACACUGAGGGUGGCCGUAUAAACAACUUUAACACUGUUACAAAUAUGCGCCACACUGUGAGCCCACACCAAACAAGACUGACAAACACAUUUCGGGAGAACAUCCGCACCGUAACACAACAUAAACACAACAGAACAAAUACCCAGAACCCCUUGAAGCACUAACUCUUCCGGGACGCUACAAUAUACACCCCCCUCACCCCCCCCCCCCCCCCCCCCCAACCUCAACCUCCUCAUGCUCUCUCAGGGAGAGCAUGUCCCAAAUUCCAAGCUGCUGUUUUGAGGCAUGUUUUAAAAAAAUAAUGCACUUUGUGACUUCAAUAAUAAAUAUGGCAGUGCCAUGUUGGCAUUUUUUUCCUUAACUUGAGUUGAUUUAUGUUGGAAAACCUUGUUACAUUGUUUAAUGCAUCCUGCGGGGCAUCACAACAAAAUUAGGCAUAAUAAUGUGUUAAUUCCACGACUGUAUAUAUCGGUAUCGGUUGGUAUCGGAAUCUGUAAUUAAGAGUUGGACAAUAUCGGGAUAUCGAAUAUCGGCAAAAAAGCCAUUAUCGGACAUCUCUACUAGCGAUGCAUUAAUGCACAGGCCAAUAUUAAUCUACUCAAAAAAGUUAAAAAUUGAGGUCAUAUAAUAAUACAUGAAGUUGAUUUAAAGCAGGGGUGUCAAACUCAUUUUAGAUGGGGGGCCACAUGGAGAAAAAUCUACUCCCAAGUGGGCCGGACUGGUGAAAUCACGGCACGAUAACUUAAAAAUAAAGACAACUUCUUAUUGUUUUCUUUGUUUAAAAAUAGAACAAGCACAUUCUGAAAAUGUACAAAUCAUAAUGUUGUUGGGGUUUUUUUUACACUUAAAUAUUGCUGUUAAUAGUAUUCUACCUUUAUUUGUUGUUAUUUAUAUUUUCUGAAUAAAUUAUGUGAUAAUAUUCAUCAGUCAACUCAUUGGUGUUAAUUUUCAAUCUAUCAAGAUAAAAAAAGAAUAUCAAAAUCAAAUUACAGGAUGUUAUUUAUGUAGUUUGUUAAUUUUCCUCGACUGGUGCACUAACAUCAUGUGGUUUAUUUUGGACAUAUAUAGCAUCCUCUACAAAGAUACAAAGAAUUGCUAUUGUGACAUCCAGUGGACACAUUUAGAACAGCAGUUUCUUUCAUUCGAAGAAUUUCGGCUCAUUUUUAUACUUAGCAAACUCAUCCCGCGGGCCGGAUAAAACCUGUUCGUACGUUUGACACCCCUGCUUUAAAGCAAAGUAGCAUCCGCUGUGACUGACAGGUGUCUGGUUGCCAUCUGACGUCACUCCAUUGCACCACGUGUGCCUGUCAAUCAACACACCUUAGUUCUGACUACAAACUGGACGAUGGAGCAUUACACUUUUUUACUGAGUCAUUUUAUGUGCAUAACACACACUACACACACACAUACGUACAUCGGGAGCUGUCUACACUCAGUAUGGCUUCUCAAAUACGUCCGUGUGCAACAUAAACACUAAUAACAAUUCCUAUUGUUACAAAGUGCACACCCACAUUACAUUGUAUUGAUUUAUAUCAUAUACUUGAUAUGAUGUAUCAUGUGAAAAGGUAUGUUCUCUGCACAUUAUUAUUAUUUC